CCCGGCGGCCGGAGCGAGCUCGGCGGGGUGCGGGCGCAGGAUGGAAGAAGUUAGUGUUACCCAGCGUUCCUGCUGAGUAACUUACUGCCACUUCGGAGCUUUGAAGAGAGAUUUAUGGCUUCCUGUGGCAAUACUGAAUCAAAAGAGGGUGUUCUGACAUCAAGAGCUGCAUGAAGAAUAGCCAGCAUGAAGAGAACAAAUCAGCCCAGGCAGAAGUGCAGAAGCAUCAAGAACAGAAAUCAGGAGGGUGAAAUGGAAGGUGAGGCAGUUGAAGCUAUCGUGGAUGAAUCAGAAACGUUUAUCAAGGGAAAAGAGAGGAAAACCUACCAGAGACGCCGUGAGGGUGGGCAGGAGGACGAUGCCUGUCACCUACCACCCAACCAAGCUGACGGAGGGGAGGUGGUGCAGGAUGUCAACAGCGGUGUGCAGAUGGUCAUGAUGGAACAGCUGGAUCCAACCCUGCUUCAGAUGAAGACUGAAGUGAUGGAAGGUGCGGUGUCUCAAGAAACAGAGGCCACGGUGGAUGACACGCAGAUCAUAACCCUCCAGGUGGUUAAUAUGGAAGAGCAGCCCAUAAACCUUGGUGAGCUUCAGCUGGUCCAAGUACCUGUACCAGUGACUGUACCUGUUGCCACCACAUCUGUGGAAGAGCUUCAGGGAGCAUAUGAGAAUGAGGUUUCCAAAGGAGGCCUGCAAGAGGGAGAGCCCAUGAUCUGUCAUACCCUCCCUUUACCAGAAGGCUUCCAGGUAGUGAAAGUGGGUGCAAAUGGUGAGGUGGAGACACUGGAACAAGGUGAGCUUCAGCCACAGGAAGAUCCCAAUUGGCAAAAAGAUCCAGACUAUCAGCCACCAGCCAAAAAAACAAAGAAAAACAAAAAGAGUAAGCUUCGCUACACCGAGGAAGGCAAAGAUGUGGAUGUCUCUGUGUAUGACUUUGAAGAGGAGCAGCAGGAGGGUUUGUUGUCUGAGGUCAAUGCAGAAAAGGUGGUGGGCAAUAUGAAGCCACCUAAACCAACAAAAAUUAAAAAGAAAGGUGUAAAGAAGACAUUCCAGUGCGAGCUGUGCAGUUACACUUGCCCGCGUCGCUCCAACUUGGACCGCCAUAUGAAAAGCCACACUGAUGAAAGACCACACAAGUGCCAUCUCUGUGGCAGGGCUUUCAGGACAGUCACAUUGCUGAGGAACCACCUCAACACUCACACAGGUACUCGCCCUCACAAGUGCCCAGACUGCGACAUGGCCUUUGUGACCAGUGGAGAGUUGGUUCGGCAUCGCCGCUACAAACAUACCCAUGAGAAACCCUUCAAGUGUUCCAUGUGUGAUUAUGCUAGCGUGGAGGUUAGCAAAUUGAAACGCCACAUUCGUUCUCACACGGGAGAGCGUCCCUUCCAGUGCAGCUUGUGCAGCUAUGCCAGCAGGGACACCUACAAGCUGAAGAGGCACAUGAGGACCCACUCUGGAGAGAAGCCAUAUGAAUGUUACAUCUGCCACGCUCGCUUCACCCAGAGUGGUACCAUGAAGAUGCACAUUUUGCAGAAGCACACGGAGAAUGUGGCCAAAUUUCACUGUCCUCACUGUGAUACUGUUAUAGCAAGAAAGAGUGACUUGGGUGUGCACUUGAGGAAGCAGCAUUCCUACAUCGAGCAGGGCAAGAAGUGCCGCUACUGCGACGCCGUGUUCCACGAGCGCUACGCCCUCAUCCAGCACCAGAAGUCCCACAAGAACGAGAAGCGCUUCAAGUGUGACCAGUGUGACUACGCCUGCAGACAGGAGCGGCACAUGGUCAUGCAUAAACGGACCCACACUGGGGAGAAGCCUUAUGCCUGUAGCCAUUGUGACAAAACCUUCCGUCAGAAACAGCUCCUUGAUAUGCACUUCAAACGGUAUCACGACCCCAACUUUGUCCCUGCUGCUUUUGUCUGUUCCAAGUGUGGCAAAACUUUCACUCGCAGGAACACAAUGGCCAGACAUGCUGAUAACUGCUCUGGCCCAGACGGUGGGGAAGGAGAGAACGGAGGGGAGACAAAGAAGGGCAAACGUGGCCGAAAGAGAAAGAUGCGGUCUAAGAAAGAAGAUUCCUCUGACAGUGAGGAAAAUGCUGAACCAGAUUUGGAUGAUAACGAAGAUGAGGAGGAGACAGCAGUAGAAAUUGAGGCUGAACCAGAGGUUGAGCAAGAGGCUCCUGCACCACCUCCCAGUAAGAAACGAAGAGGAAGGCCCCCAGGCAAAGCUACCACCCAACCAAAACAAUCCCAGCCUGCAGCAAUCAUUCAGGUUGAAGACCAGAACACUGGUGAAAUCGAAAACAUCAUAGUGGAAGUAAAGAAAGAACCUGAUGCUGAAACAGCAGAGGAAGAGGAGGAAGCUCAGCCAGCCGUCGUGGAAGCUCCCAACGGGGACCUCACUCCCGAGAUGAUUCUCAGCAUGAUGGACCGGUGAUGGAGGAGCACACACUGCUGACUGAACUGCCCUGGGCUGUGUUUAAACGGCUCAAAUCUAUUAUUUUUGUUGGGGUUUUUUUUCUCCUUUUACCUUUGUUUUUUCUUGGCUUUGGGAAAUGCAUCAUUUUAGACCAUUUUACCAACCGUACUGGGAAAAAUAAACCUUCCAAAUGAUGUUAGGAUGUGAUUUAACUAGAACUUGCUGUUUUUAUGUUAGUUACAGGAUCAUGGAACGUUAGGAACACGUUUUUUGGAGUCCUCAAGGGUUUCCUGUGAGGUGCUUGAGAAUAGUUUUGCUCUGAACCGAGUGAAGCAGGUGCAAGGGCCGUGUUUACACGCACCACGUCGUAACAGGCAGAAAAGCAGAAGCCUCGACUUAGAGUAAUGUGGUAAACCACUCCGGGCUUGCCCCUUCCCAGAGCCCUUGAGCCUCCUCCUCUCAGUAGUGUUUUUAACUGUAAAUGCAGACAUGGGAGGGUUCUAGACUUUUAAACCUUUUCUUUUCCUGUUGUGUUCUGUUUGGGCUUUCCCCCCAGCGCCGAGCUCCGGUUCUCCAAGUCGGCCGCACCACAGUAGUUUUGGCAUGCUCCAACUGGUUUUCUGUCCUUCCACGUGCUUUGCUUUUCUGCAAAGCAUCUCUGUCAUGGUCAAGCUUUGUAAAUAACUGGUUGGGUUGGUUUUCUUUCUUUUUUUUUUUACAUGUUAAUCCUUUUUCCAUUAAUGAAGAGUUAUGCAAAAAUACAGUUAAAACAAACCCCAGCAUUUUAAUUCCUUUCCAACUUAAGUGACAAGAGACUUGAUAGAGUUGUGAGCGUUGGAAGAGCUGUGGAUGACCAAUCAAGUGGAGAAGAGACAUACCUAGGCUUGCAGGACAAGAGAAACCCACAGGUGGCAUCUGGUUUUGAAGCACACACGGGUGUGGGAUUAACGAUUGUCACGACGUUUCCUUUGCUCUGUACUUUGUGUUUAUGGAUCUUAAAGCAGAAGUUUAUAAGUGGGUCACUGCAGCCCUCCAACCCUGGGCCAGGAAAUUUGAAUAGGUCAGUAAUGAACACAAUUUUGGAUCUCUGAUAAAGACAAAAAGAAGAGGAAUAAUGUGAAAUCCAAAUGAUGCCUGUAUAUGAACUGUCACAUGGUAAAAUAUGUAAGCUUUUUAUAGAGCCUCAGUCUUGCUGAUUUCCAACCAAUUUUUCUUCUAUGUAUCGCUUUUAAGAGAGCUAUCAGUUUAGCUAUCAGACUCUAGGUUGAUGCAUUUUUGUACUUAGCUGUACUGUGUGAUAUUUUUCAUUAUUUUAGGAAGCCAACAUGGGAAAAAUAAAAUACUGUUAUAAAAUAUGUAAUGGGGUUUGAAAGCUGGGAAGGAGAAUAUACUGCUGUACAGCUAAUAAAUAAUAAUGGAUUAA